UAUGCACUGUGUAGAGAGAGAGAGAGACGUUCAACAGAAAGGCACCCUGGGUGCUGAGAGCCAGAGAGAAACAAGAGUCAGACCAUUUUGAGCAGACUACUGACUCACUCAACUGGUCACUAUGCUUCUUUGGAGGAUGGUCGUUGUUGGUAUUUUGUACGGCUACACCAAAACAAGCAUCACACACGGUCAGACUAAAGCCCUGUUUCCAGCUGUGAACAGAACAAAAAGAGGGGCUGCGAUUGUGACGAGCCCCACUUUCGUCAACUCCUUCAGUGACGUUCAUCUUUUGUUUGAGAUCCUAUUGACUGGCAUACACUUUGAGGACAGUGGAGAGAUUUCAGUGAAGGAUGCUGAGCUGGCUUCGCUGCGCAAGACACAAAACCUGGAGAUCAUCUGUGAGGAGAUCGUUCCCAAAAGUCUAACAGAUAUUUUGAGGCUCAGCUCAGACCUUUCGACUCACACUGGUCACCUGCAUGAGGAGGAUUUUGAACGCAUCUUGCUGACCUUGGUAUACAUCACCCAGCAGAUGGUCAGCUCCACUACAGAACAACAACGAGAUGCUUGGGCAGAGUCUUUUGUGAGUUUGUACAAAGCCAUCAAGCAGGACCUGACAAGUUGA